AUGGACGCAAUGAGGGAUCGUGACGGGUACUGGGACCCCCCUCCGCCGUAUCCGGGUCACGAAGUCUCUGAAGAUGAGGCUCGGCCCUCGUCAGAAGCAUCAAGACAGCCACCAUCACCCGAUCCAUCACCGGGACCUUCGUCGAUACCAGUCUCAUCCUCUACACCGUCCACGGCGGAAUCCUCGCUGUCACGAAUUGUCAGGGGCUACAGGCUGGAUGACAGUCGAAGAAACUACAACCUCGGCCCAUCGAUCGACCAUACCCUCCUCCGUGUCUGCACCUCCGACACCCCCAGAUUCAUGCGGACAUUCUACAAGACCGAGUCCGCUCCCAUAGGACUCAGAACUGUUGUGACGGAGGUCGUGGCUACCGUCGAGGAAGAGCUGUGCCCCACGCGGAAAUCCCACACGCUCAUCACUCUUCACAACGCGCUGGACGACCGAGGGGAAAAGACCAGAGUGUACAUGCAUACCCUCGUCGGUUUCGGGGGCAGGGAGCGCAGCGCGGUGGCGUUUCAGAUCGAGAUCAACGGCUCACUGGAGAUGUUCCAGUGGCGGCCAUCCCACGGAAAUGAGGUGAGAAUGGUCGCGGGUUGGGCGUCCGGAUGGAAGUUGGUGAGGAUGGGGCCGCCCUGUCGGUCAAAUUCCCGAGGGGCCCCAAAGAAGCGCGGUAAAGGCUUCGCCGGUGACGGUAAGGAGGUCGUCGCCGUGAUUGCGACCACGAUGAGCUCGACGAGAGAUUUCACUUUUGCCUUCAUGGGAUCCGGUCUGGAUGGCAGCAUGGGAGGAGCAUGGGUGACGACGGCGGUGGCUUCGGGCGUUUGGACAUGGUGGGAAACGGCGACGAGGUACUUUUGA